AAAGUAGUCGCAUGCUUGCAAGCUCGGCCACAUUGACGUUUAGACACCCUUGCGACACAAGUUGACGAGGAAGAGUCGCGAGAGAUAGGAGCUUUCGUCGCGUUUCUCGCCUUCGAUAAAGAUAUCGAUACUUAUAUAUAGCGAUUGCUCGCUUUGCCGAUUAUCUCGAAGACUCUUCACGGAUCAUUUUAUUGGGAGAUUGCUUGGCCUGUCCCGCAAUCGCUUAUCCGCUUGUCCCCUACGACCGGAUCGCAACCACUUGUCAGAUUUAGCAGUUUCGGUAUCGUUUCGCACACUCGGUUGUUGAAGCAAGAUCUGUCGGUACGAUGCUGCUGAAAUUGGUCGUAUGCACGAUAAUCGCCCUCGUUGUUUUCAUCGACUGGACUGCCGCUCUGCCAGCCGGUGACAAAGAGGCGUUAAUGAACGGACUUAAUUUACAGAUGGUGGGAGGCGAGGACGAUGGAUCAUCGGCUGCAGUGGAAAGAGACUUAUUGAAUUUUCUCGUAGGUCGGCGAUUUGUCAAGCGUCUUCGCAGCCAGGCCGACAUCGAUGAUUUGCAACGCAAACGAAAUUAUUGGCGGCAGUGCGCAUUCAACGCGGUGUCUUGUUUCGGCAAGUAGACGCGCUGCAUCAUAGCCGAAAAAUAAAAAUUCCAGGGGGCGUAAUAAUAAUUGUCGAGAGAGGUUUUUAAUUCAUUUCAUUGAAACGCGCGCAGAUGCGAUUAUAACGGGGACUGAAUGUGCAGUGUGCAGGAUUAAAUGUUACCUACGUCUAUUAAAUAUAUCGAAACAUACGUGCUUGCGUUUUUUCCCCCCAAAAGCUGUCGUUCAAAAGCUCAAUGUACUCGAGACCCUAGAAACCAUAUGCUGUUGUUAGAACAAUUUCUAAUUUAUAAAGUCUCAUUUAGUCGAUGUACAUUGCGAUAUUCGAUGCGUAGUAGUGCCCGUAAGUAUUAUUUUGUGUCCAGUGAUACUUUCUUUCACGACAUCGAAGCAUAUAGAUUUUGGCAUCAUCGUUAAUUAUCAUUGGUAUGUAUUUGCAUAAUCUUAUUCGUUGAAAUAUUUGACUCUUUAAAUAAAAAUAAAAUCGGUUGUUUUUAGCAAUGAUAUAUCUUAUGUUUUGUCAAAAGCUCGAAGUACAUGUAAAUGUUCUUAUAUCAACUUGAUGGAUGGAAUUAGCCAAAAUAUAUCAAUUUUAAUUAAUAAAACAAUAUCGAAAAGCAUCAAAAAAUUUUGACUGGGCGCAUUUUAAUUGUCUCAGAAAAAAAAGUAUCGAUGUGCUUUUCAUCAAUAAGCUUAGUAUUACAACUCAAGAAAUAUUCUAAUACUAUUCAUCAUGUACCAUGUAACUGAUAUCUUGAAAGUUCCUUAACGUUAAUUUGAAAUUAUGUCCGGUCUAAGUGAUUUAAUUAUGCGUGUAAAUUAAUUUUUGUAUUAUCUCUUACCAUUAUGCUUGUACCUUCCUGUUUAAAAUGGUUAAAUAUUAUAUAAAAUAAGAAUAUAAUAUCCCAACUAUGUAUGUUGUAUUAUUAUUAUUGUAUGAAUAA